AUGGUCUCGCCAUUAGACCAUUUGGUCAAGGGUGCUCCAACCUCAGAAGCCCGAACUCCUACGCCAGAGCCAUUACACUCCCAUUCAGAUGCCUCACGGCCCUCCGAUCCCCUCGAUCACCUCCCAUCGGCUCCCCCGCAGAUCUACCUGAACCUGCUGAUUCUCGAAACCUCGCUGCGAGCCCAAUACUUGGCUCUGCGCGAGCGCCGGAGGCAAAACACCUUCUUCGUUCUCCUCCUGGCUGCCUGGAUUGCCUACUUCGCCUAUGCGCUCUUCCUCCGUCCGCGUGAAGAUGGCCGCGGCGUCGGCGGCUCAGUCUACUGGGUUGUGGAGAUGGGAGAGAAAGUCGCCCUGCUCGGCGGCGUAGUGACGGCCUUGCUGGUCUGGGGAACAGGGCAAUGGGAGCGCGGCAUCCGAUGGCCACGGCGCUGGUUGGCAGUCGCGAAUCGCGGCCUACGAACCAUGAACACCAAGAUCAUCAUUAUCCGCGGGCCAUUCUGGCAGGAGCUUCUCUCAUACCUCUCCUUCCUGUUCCCCUUCUCCGUCCCAUUCUUCCCCUCGCCCACCGGCAACUACCAGUUCGUCGAGCGGAGCCCCUCCGACAAGCGCAGUGCCCGUCAACACUACCAGCAAUACUACAAUGGCGCUGACAGCGAGUCCGGACUGGUAGAGGAAGACCUCAGUCCAGGAGGUGACUAUAUCCGGCUUCUCCUACUCCCAAAAUCAUUCUCGCCCGAGUUCCGCGAGAACUGGGACGAUUACCGAACGGACUUCUGGGAAAAGGAAAACGAACGCCGUGCCCAGCUCCGCAUCAAGCUCCGCGAGCGUGAAAUCCACCUUGCCCAGACAGAAGGCCGCUGGCUCGGCCGCUGGGGACUAGGCUGGCGCGCAUCCCAGCGCCGCCGCCUCGGCGCGGCAAACCUCCACCGACCAAUGGAGCCAGAAUUCAAAUACCGUCUCGGCCACGGGCAUCACCCCUCUGUCUCAAAACUAAGCCAAGAGCAGCGCGGCCCAUUUCCCCGCCGCAACACCCGCUCCGAAUCACAUUCCCGCACCUCGUCCCGCAGCACGACACCCGUCGACAUCGGCCUAGAUCAGGACCGGCCACCCUCACGCUCUUCGACAUCCAGCAGACCCCGCCGAGGCAGUACAGCAUCCGGAGAAACCACGCCGCAACAGCGCAAACGAAAGGGCUCCACGCUCCGCCGGGGCCUGUCGCCCCUUACUCAGGCGCAGAUCCGGGAGGGAGUGAGGACGCCGUCGUUUUCGUCGGAUGAUUCUGUGCUGCCUAUGGGUGAGAAGGAUAAGGAGGAGUCUAUACCGGCUUCUGUGCCGGAAUUGUAA